AUGCACCAGGGUCAAUUCCAGCAAUCAAAUUCUUUAUAUUUACCGUCUUCGAAUAAUUUUCAUUCCAAUUAUGGCGCGAAUCAAAUUCAAAGAAUCAGUUUUCCAUGGACAAUAUCGCAAACAGUUCUUCCAGGACAAAUCAUGACAACCGGAUUUUCUAUUACUGCAGGGUUUUGCGUGUCCACUACGCCUGGAAACGCUCAACCGGUUAUGAUUCCACCACACUUGUUACAAUUUACGUCGAGACAAAUCCCUAAUAAUAUAUCGACAAUUGCAACAAGUCCUCGAAGUCCUCGGAUGUCAAUCAAUUUUCUCGUGAAUGAAGAGAUGGAAGGCGGUGGCGGUAAAUUACAGACUCAAACUCAGCCUGCCCAACCGUGCCGCAUACCAGAUUGUAACAACAUAAGUGCCCCAGACGACCGAUAUUGUUUGAGGUGCACAUAUCAAGAUAUAUAUAGGAUGAAAUGGCCCGCACGCCAAUCUGCAACACGUAUGCCAACCAUCUCUGCACGUGCAACACCCUCAACAUCAAAACCGUCCACUUCGAAUAAGAUUCGUAAAGAAACAGUAAAGGGAAAAAAUGCAGAAAUCUUGACAUUCGAUAUCUCAAAUUGGCAACCAUAUCAAGUCGCCGGUUAUACGACGACAAAAAAUUCUUACUCUACAUCGCAAGAUUGGGCGGGACGAAGUUCAAUACAUGUACAUGAAUAUUAUGUACAAAAUAAUAGCAUCAAGUUACGCUGGGACCACCAAACGGGUUAUGUUCACAUCACCCCAAUGUGGAAGUCCACGGGGCUUCGACCCCGAGCAUUGGGUGAUGUGAUAGCCAAGGAUCCGAGGUGGUCCCAGGCAAAGAAGAUAAUUGGUGGGUGCACGGAACUUCAAGGCAUUUGGUUGCCUUAUGCUACUGCCCGUGAAUUUUGCGUGGAAUAUAAAGUCGACCCAAAGAUUAUUCAACCAAUCUUUGGGUGCGAUUGGUGG